AACCAACCAACCCAUACCGCAGUGCUCGCCGAUAAUUGUCUUUCAAACCGCUCCUUGGACCGGACAUUUUGCUUGUACUUAUCUUAGGCUAUGUGCAUAAUUGAUUUUCUUAAUCAACGGUGAACGUACAUUCACAGUAAUUUCCCCAUUGGGAGAAAUGUGAGUGGUCCGUGAGUAAAAUUAACAACUGAGUUGAGUGACGUGAGUUAAAACAAAUCGCAUGCGAUUUUUAGCCAGUCAUUUUGGCACCAGGGCGCAUGGUAAGGGAAAAUGUGAAACUGUAUCUAUCCCAUGCCUUGCUGGCGACGACUGUCGAAAGGAUGCCCUGUCUCGUUUCUGCUGGAGAAAUAUGGAGAUAAAAAAUACACGUUUUUCGUGUAGCCUAGGCUAAGUGUGGGAUGCGUAGCGGUUUCGCACACUGCCUCAGUGUGUGGAUAUCGUGGGCGACGGUGGCACAAGGAUAGGUAGGCUACGAUUUCACAUAGAUUUUUUAGAUUCACAUAGAUUCUUUAGAAUCUGCAGCCUUGACAGUCAGCAGGGAUUGAUGUAAGGGGCCGACUGGAUCCAAUAUCAUCACCACCUGUUACCAGAAAAUCAGAGUCUGGAUCUGAGUGGAACUGCUCCUGAGUCUGCCAUCAGACACACUCCCUAACCACCAUAAGGAUUGGGACAGCACCUUGGCCACAACAACCUGGCCAUAACAACAGCCCAUACACCAGGCCGGUCAGUGCCCAGAGUGGUCCAAAACCAAGCCCACCAUAGGCUAGGCUCCAUCACCAGCUCCAGGUGAGAGCCUGAGUCCCCCCACAGCCAUGCCCAGGGAAGCUCCUCUGCCACAGGUAGAAUCAGUGCUCACCUGCCUGAUUGAUGGCUAGACCUCUACAGACAAAGAGCCGGAGGCCUUUCUACUGAGGGCAGAUUCCCUCACUGUGCCAUAGCACAUGGAUUUCAAGACUUCAAAUGAAGAGACGAAGACUGGGGUUUAUCUGCUGCAAGAUGGUAACGAAGAGCCUUUCAGUAUUCGACUGCACUUGGCGAAAGACAUUCUGACAAUUCAAGAGCAAGAUGUCAUCUGCGUGUCAGGAGAACCAUUUUAUUCGAGUGAGAGAACUGUAACCAUCAGAAGACAGACGGUUGGAGGUUUUGGUUUGAGCAUUAAGGGAGGCGCGGAACACAAAAUCCCUGUUGUGAUAUCAAAAAUAUCAAAAGAGCAAAAAGCUGAACUGUCUGGGUUGCUGUUUAUCGGAGAUGGGAUCCUCCAGAUAAAUGGAAUCAAUGUUCGAAGCUAUCGCCACGAGGAAGUGGUGCAGGUUUUGCGAAAUGCCGGAGAGGAUGUCACUCUGACUGUUUCUUUCUUGAAGAAGACGCCAGCUUUUCUGAAACUGCCUCUCUGUGAAGACUGCACAUGUGUUCCAAGUGACCAGAGCAGUGGAACGUCCUCCCCUCUAUGCGACAGUGGCUUACACCUGAACUAUCAUCCUAACAACACGGACACACUGUCCUGCUCAUCUUGGCCCACGUCCCCUGGGCUCCGGUGGGAGAAGAGAUGGGUGGACCUGCGCCUUAUUCCUCUCCUCCACUCUCGUCUGUCACAGCACGUCCCCGGCUCUGACGUCUGCAGGAGAAAUGCAUUUCAAGUCAUAGCUGUGGAUGGGGUUUGCAGUGGGGUUAUCACGUGCCCCGCUGCUGAAGACUGCCUAGAUUGGCUCCAAUCAAUCACAACUAACAUAUCAGCUCUCACCAAGCACAAUGUGAAGAAGAUAAACAGAAACUUCCCAGUUAAUCAACAGAUUAUCUACAUGGGCUGGGUAGAUGAGAAGGAGCAGGACUCCGUUCAGGACCGAAUGUAUUCAUCACAGUUCCUUGCCUUGAGGGGUUCCUCACUCUUCAAGUUCUCAGCACCUCCUGUGACUACAUGGGACUGGACGAGGGCAGAGAAAAGCUACACUGUGUAUGAGAUCAUGUGUAAAGUUUUAAAGGACAGUGACCUCUUGGACAAGCGGAAGCACUGCUUCAGUAUCCAAACGGAGUGUGGGGAGGACAUGUUCUACAGCGUAGAGCUGGAGUGUGAGCUGCUCAUCUGGGAGAAGGCCUUUCAGAUGGCUACCUUCCUGGAGGUGGAGAGAAUACAGUGUAAAACAUACGCUUGCAUCAUGGAGAGCCACCUGAUGGGACUGACCGUAGACUUCAGUAUGGGCUUUGUCUGCUUCGAUGCUGCUUCAAAGGCAGUGCUAUGGAGAUACAAGUUUUCCCAACUGAAAGGGUCCUCUGAUGAUGGGAAGAGCAAGAUCAAAUUUCUGUUCCAAAAUCAGGACAAUAAAGCUAUUGAAGCCAAGGAGCUGGAAUUUUCAAACCUCUUUGCCGUGCUUCACUGUAUCCAUGCGUUCUUCGCUGCCAAAGUUGCUUGCCUGGAUCCAAUGUUUCUGGAGAGCCAAGGUGCUGCGACGACCACGGGGGGGUUGGGGGUUCCCACUCUCACCAGUGUCUCCUGUAACGCACAGACAUCCCAAAUCAAAUACUCUACCUGACAGAGCCUGUACAGCCCCUCUCCUUCCCUUCCCCUAAGUACUCCCUCUCGACACUGCACUUUCACUACAUCGUGGACCAGAGAGAAGGAGGAGACGAAACAAACAAGUAUAUUCUACUGUCAUCCACUGAACGAAGACGUGUGAAUCCAACAUGUAAAUGGAACUAUUAUUGGCAGACCUCUUAUUUUCUUCCAAGAAAGACACAUUUUAUAUUUUAUCAGAGAAAGGGAUGAUAACUGUGUGCACUUUAGGACCUGUACAUUGCACUGUACUUCAGAUGACUUUCUAAUAUGGAGGAGUGAACGCAGAACCAAUGAAUGGAGAAUGGAUGACAAAACAAUUCUCAAUUGAGUUUUUUUGUCUUUGGGUAGGACCUCGGACAUAAUUCACAAUGAUUCACACGUGUUGUUCACACUGCUGGUAACACAAUCUUAUUUCCAACUGUUUUCUACAAUAUUGUAUCAUUUUCUUGAAGGUUCGAGUGUAUUUUCUUUGAACAGGUACAUACACUGAGGACUAUGAACAAAUUGCUAUCUUCUUCCUGACAAAAGAAGAUUUCAAGGCAAUUUGAAUUCUGAUGAUUAUAGCAAUUUUAAGGGCGGUCACUAAGUUAAUAUUGCCAACAUUUAUCACGGGAAGUGUUAAUUAGUCAUACAGAAAUGUUAGUAAUUUUUUUCAUCACUUAAACCGAUUGAUUUCCUAAUAAUCACGAAUAAUUAUUAGAUUCAUGAUUAAUGAAAAGAUGGGAAUGUAAAACUACAGUGUUACAUAACUUAAUAUUUUUUAUUGUGCGGUUGUAUAAUGAAGUCCGAAAGCACUUAGUUUUCUCCAAUCUAUGUUAUUUGAUUUAUCUGAAAACAUCCUUUUAAUUCAACAAAUAAACGGUGAAAUGUG